AUGAAUACAAUUCUUAUAGAAGAAGACUUUUUACUUGAUAAGGAGACAGAAAGGGAACUCUUCAAGUUAUAUGGAGAUUUUGAAGAUGAGUUACAAAGGCCUGAAUUUGACACUAUAGAGUAUGUUAAUAAACUAUUUCCUAAUGAACAAAGCUUGACACAGCUAGAUGAUGUACUCAAUACCCUUACAAAAAGACUAAAUAAUUUAGAACUUGAAAUAUUUCAAGAUAUAAAUGAACUAGCAUCUGAAGAUAUCCCUGAAAUUUAUAAUACUGUUAUGAGUACUCUGGAAGAAAAAUUUUUCCCUAGUUUAUUACAAAUGGAUGAGAUGUCUAAGAAUGCUUUAAAUAGUAUAAAUGAUAUAUCAGAUAAAAUUCAUACACUGGAUAUAGCUCAAAAGAAUUUAACUAACACGAUUGUAUUGAUGAAGAGAUAUUCUAUGUUAACCACAGCACAGAAGGAAUUAGAAAUAAGCUUAAACAAUAGAAGUUAUAAAUCAAUGGUACCACUCCUUUCUGUUGUAUUACGCCUGAAAAGCUACUUUAAUGAUUUGAUUUAUAUAGAAGAGAAUUUUGAGAAAAAUUUGAUAAUGGCCGAGGCCGAAACUAACUUAGAUAUACCUAAUACUCUUUCUGUAAGGCAGGUUAAAGGAUCUAUUGUAGAGAUUGAUACAAUGAUCUCUACUUUAAAACAGCAAAUAAUUGAUGAUUUUGUUGCAUUGAUUGAUCCAUAUAUUCUAUUUUCGCAAUACUUAGCUGAAGACCAGUUAAAUAAAUCUAAAGCAAGCCCUCCACACUUACUAAAUGCUCCAGAAUCAUUUAGGAAGCAGAUGAGAUUUUGUUGUUUCUGUACAGAUAUCCUAGGUACAGAAUUUCGCGAAAAUGUUAUUGAUACUUUUACUACAAAGUUACUAGUACCUUACAGGAAAUUAUUUAGUCGUGCAAGCACUGAUAAUUUAAUUAAUACUAGUAUCUCAACAAAAGGAAAUGUGAACAAUCAAUCUACGACAGGAUUAGAAUAUCUGGAAAGACGUUUUGGAUGGUACAGAAAGUGCAUUAAAGAAUAUGAUCAACAAUUUGGAGAUAUUUUCCUUAUACAAUGGAAUGUUCCUAAAAUAUUAACUGAGAAAUUUUUUCUUUACACAAAAAGUGACCUACUACAGAUUUUGGGUGAUGUAGGACUUUCAAUAUCACAUCUAUUUCUCAUCCAAUAUAGCCAAAAAUGUCAUCAAUUUGAAAGUCAAGUUCUAUCCAGAUUUGCUCAAUCUCUUCAACAACAGCAGCUUAUACAUGAACUAGAAGCUACUAAGAAGACCCUUUCGGAGAAUCUGGAUAUUUUUGAGCCUGAAACUAAAUUUAAGGAGGAAUACUUCAUUACAGAUUACAAAGAGAAUAAUACACAAGAUCAGAAUCAAUCAUUACCAAAUGUACGUGGAUUACUGACAAGUUGCUUUAUAGUAUAUAUACUUCUGUAUUUUGAUUCAAAAAAACGAGAUUUUACUAAUUCAAUAAUCCCUAAUUUGAUUGAAAAUAGCGAAAUUUUGCAAACUCCAGUAACUAAACAAUAUAUGACUUUACAGAAUAGCAUUGAUAUGGUUCCAUUUAUCUGGAGUUCUUCCACCAUACUAUUUCAGCAAAUUAAUAAUAUAUUACUUUCUAUAGAACAUAUGUUGACAUUUGAUGAAAUAUGUCAGUACUUUAUUACCUUUAUCAUUGAUAUUGUUACGAAGUAUAUCUCAGAUAUAUCUAAAAUAAAAGAAGAUAGGGCUGAAAAUCCAGUUAUUAAGACUCGUACGACAAAUACAUCUCUAGAAUCUAUUGUAGAAGCUGUGGUAACAACCGUUUCACAGACAUCUAUUUCACGAUCUACUCCUUCAGACUUAUACUCUAUAAAUAACUUAUUUUUAGAAUAUAAAUCGGUAACUUUGGGGACAACAAUGUAUCUUGACUGGAUGUUACUAAGAUUACAAACUAUAAUUGCAGAAAAGUUGCAAGUAUCAGAUAAUCAUACUAGGCAACAUAUACACAAGUUUGAAGGUGAAGGUGGUAAUGAAAUAUUAGAUGAGCAUCAAGUGUUAAAUACCAGCUAUCGGAAUAAUAAGAUUAGUAAAUUUAGUCGAUUAACUCUAAGUAAUGGUGCUAAACCUAAAAGUGAAGUAACCAACAAUGAAAAAGUAGCCCAAUUCAAUAAAAUAAGUAGCAAUCAUCAGUCCAAUAGUUAUCUAAAUAUUAAUGGACAAUUUGACAAAGGCAACAUCAGCCACUACCCCAACAAUUACAGUACACAAAUAUACCCAGUUCUAGUAAGUCUUAGCCAAAAGUUCUGUGAGUUCACCUGUAACUUGCGGAUCUUAAUAAUUAACGACAUAUUUGAACAAUUUACUCAUCCUAUUACUAGCUUGCUUAGUCAGCUAUUUAGGACAUUAAAUGGAGGAAUCGAAGAAACUCUCCCACUUGAAAAUUCUACCAAUUGUUCACGACAAGUGGAUAGUAUUACUAGAAUAUCUAAUGUAGAACUUAUUGAUAAAUUCCUCACAGAAUCCCUCUUAAACAUAACAAAAUCAAUACCAAAGAUUUUCUUUUAUCAUAUUUGCAGUAGAAUUACUAUGUUCAUUAUAAACAAAAUCUGGGAUAUAUUAAACUCAAAAGUAACAUUACAUAAUGCACACAAGCAAGAUUUCUUUGAAGAUGAGUUGGAUAAGCUCUCUUCAUUGUUACUACGAUUACCAUCUCUAUCAAGCUCUUACGUUCCAAGAACUUACGUCAAUUACAUUAAAGACUCAUUCAAAAAAUAUAGUGAGCACUUCAAUAGACAAAUUACCUUUGAUUAG